CACUCACUCCCCCCCCCCUCUCUCUCUCCGUCACGAGAGACGCGGUGAAAGUGAAAAUUCGAGCGGAUCUUCACCACAGACAGAAGUGGAUUACGGCGGUUUGCGAUGCUCCCCGAAGCGGUAAAGUGGAUCUAAUCUAACUUCUAAACUUUUAACCUGUUAAAAAGUUUUGUGGACGCUCAGGAAGUCGUUUCUAUGGUAACCACUUUUAAGGAACUCUGGGCUAAAAGAUUCGCCCUAUCCGGCAAUGACCUCUUCGCAUUUUUUACAAGCCGGUUUAUUUUUCCAUUAUAACUGCGUUCAGUCCUGCGCGUGAAGACGGAAGGAGUUUAUAACUUCCACACUCUGAGUGAUAAAUGUGGACCGGAAGUGAGUGUGUGAAACGCAACCCAUAGCGCGGGAGCAUGGGGACCUGGCGUGGCCUCGCAGCGUUCCUCUUGUCUUUCGCGGUGGCCCUGAACGCCGAGCCCGCGUGCUGGCAGGCCGUGCUCCGGUGCCACGAGGAGCGCGAGUGUGAGCUCGCCUACACGCAGUACGUGGUCGCGUGCGACGGGAACAUACGUGGCGCGCUGCACCGCUGCCCGAGUCACUGCAUCAGUGCGCUCGUGAGACUAAACCAGACCGCCCGCGGUCCGGACCUGGAGACGUGCGACUGCGGAGUCGAUCCGGAGUGCCGGCGCGCAAAGCGAGCCAUUGAACCGUGUCUGCCGCGCACGCACGCUCGCGAAGCCGGUGGUAUCGGGUGCACGGAGGCACGGAGGCGGUGCGACGAGGACGCCGUGUGCCGCGCGGCUCUGUCCGCGUACCUGGGGCUCUGCGGGCAGCUGUUCAACGGGAGGAAGUGCCCGGCGCGGUGCAGGGGCACCAUCGAGCAGCUGCGCCUGCUGCCAGACGGAGCCCUGCUCGAGCGGUGUGUGUGCGACGGCCUGGAGCGGGCCUUCUGCGAGAUGGUCAAGGACAACAUGAGCCGCCUGUGCGCGCUCUCGGACCGUGGGCGCGUCCCCGAUCAGGAUGUCCCGGACGACGCCUACGAGGACGAGGAGUACGAGUUCAAACUGGAGCGCGACAUGGACACGGGCGCCGUGGUUUCGCCUUCACGUGCUUGGCGUUCCUCGAGCCAUCUGGCCCUGUUCCUGGGGUCACUCGCGGUGACCUUUCUCGGGGUUUGACCCGAGCAAAAGCUCUUCUGCCUCUGCCCAGAGCAUACUAACUCAGUGCAUGAUACAGAUACGAACACUGCGAUGAUAUGCAUUGCGGUAUAUCAGUGAACCCUUUAGGUCCAUGGUUAGUGAUGGGCCUGCAUUAUUCUUACUGGGAUUUGCAUGUACAUAAAACACUCCUGAUGACCACAGUACCAGAUAAAGCUAUUAUGGAUGAAUUACACAGCAUAUGUACCACCAAAGGCCAGUAAUAAUGCAAAAUAACAACUCACUAUUGAUAUCGUGAAGGCUUGACUUCCUUGUGGAUUUUGUUAACUACUUUCUUGCAGAAAUAUAAGAAAUCCUGGACCACUAUCAGAACUGACCCAGAGCCUUCAGUAGCUGAUAUGACUGGAGAGAGAAUAAAAAACACAAGCCACUCUAUUCUGUCUUUCUCUUACUUUCUCUCUGUCCUUGUUUGGUCAGUUUACAUCCGAGUACUUCCUGAAGUGUGUCUUUUUUUUCUUUCUUUUUUAUUUAAGCAAGACUUAGGACAAACAGAGAACUCGUGUGCCGUGUGUUUGCGUACCCCUCUUUACCCUGUUUGCUCAUUGUUGGGAUGAUUAUACUUCAAAUAUUUGCAGUGGACAGCCAGAGAAAAGAGCAGCUUUCAGGAUCGAGUUGUUAAAUUAAGUGGAGAGGCUCUUCACAGGCUAAUAAAUAUCCCCCUCCACUCACUGUCUAUUCUCUCUCUCUUUCUCUCUCUCUGUCUCUCUCUGUGUCUCACUUUCUGUCUGUCUGUCUCGCCUCAGCUCAAUGAAUCAUCCCCCGGGGUGACCCCUUUCCUCUCUCCCUCUUUCCUUUCUCUUUUUACUCCUUCCCUCCCCCCCAAACUUAGAGGAAAUACUUGAUCUCUCUUUCUCUUUCUUUUGCUCUCUCUCUCUCUCUCUCUCUCUCUCUCUCUCUCUUUCAGUUCUGAGUUGAGCCUUUGUUUCUGGUAUAAAGUGGAUUUCUGUUGCACAACUGUCAUGUAAGAAGCCAUUUUCUGUUUUGCUUGUGAUGUAUAAGAAAAUAUAGACCCUUGUUAUGCUUUUAUUUCAAAAGCAGUAGUAUCUCGUUUGUUUGUAAAGUUUUUAAGUCUAGGCAUGUUUGGAGAAGGCACAUGAAAGAAUGCUAUCUUUACACAUCUGCUUGUAGUCUUGAGAAAGACAAAAAGGUUUAUUUCUGACCCCAAAAAGCUUUGAUUUUAACUCAUCAGUCUGUUUCUUUUUAUUACUGAAGCUUCCUGUCACGUGCGUUUAAAUCUAGAAGUAACCCGCAUUAGAUGCAUUAACUUUGCUAGCUUGGAUAUUGUUAAAAUAACUUUUGGUAAAAUUGCCAUAAACUUUCUAUGUACAGAAAGCAAUAUAUUUAUAUGAUGUAAUAAA